AUGAAUUCCCUCUCCAACACCAAUCUAUCGUCGGAAGGAUCUGUGCCACCUUCACCCUUCUUCAUGUCACCCACGACUCCUACGCCUGGUAGCCUCCAGAGACCACCUUCCACGCCGCCGACAACAGCAACGCUGGAACCACCGCGAUCUCCGAUGCCCUACCAAUCGACCUCUUCCACCGCGACUCCCACCAGAGCCACCACUGCCUUACCUGAUCAAAAUGACCCCCAACCUCCCGAAUUGUCCAAAAUCACUAUCCCAGACACCUUGCAGGGCUCAGCAAGCGACGUACCUCCGAGUCCUGCCUUCAGCAGCACGAGCAGCCGUCGAGUCUCGAGCUCGAUCAGCCCGGAUCUCAUGUCGAACCGGCCCGCACCUCCUUCGCCUGCAAUGUCGCGUCGCGUGUCUGGCGCACCGUCAACGGCGUCUACACGAUCGCGCACGUCAAGGCCCCCGUCAGCGGCUGUGUCACGCGCUAACUCGUUGCGCAAGUCGACCGCCUCGAUGUCCGCGCGUGGCUCGCCGGUGAUCAACCCACAUAGAGUGUCGAUAGGGAGCCAGCUCAGCCAGAGUUUCGCACCCUUGCCAUCGCCGCAGAAUCUCACCUUUUCCUUGACUGGACCCCAGCCUUCGACAUCCUCGUCAGUAUCGGCGUCAUCACCCUCGUCAUCAACUGCGCCGAGCAAUAUGGGACUGGCAGCUUCUUCCGCUGGAUCUGGAGCUGCGACAAGCACACCUGCCACACCUGCCACAGCAGUUGCGAUAGCACAGAAACAUGCUUCGGCAGUGGUCCUCGUCAAAAUCAGGGACUUUGGUUUUCCGGCAACCGACGAACGACAUACUGGGCUUGGACCAGACGUGCCUAAGCCUAAUCGGGUUGGGCGGAUGAACAGGCGGUUAGGAGGGCGAACGUUGAGCACGAGCAGCAUAGAGAGCAGCGAUGGCGAUGGAGAUGGGGAGGAAGAAGAGGACGAUGGAUGGGACAGCCUCGGUGGUGGAAGCGGUUGGGACGGCUUCCGGAUGGGGUUGGGAAGGCUCAGCUGGAACAGCGGUGCUGGUGGAAGCGGUAUGGACGCUGCUGCUGCCCUCGAUGCUGCCUCAGGUGAGGGGGCGUUCCCAAGCAGGAUGGACCUCGAUCGGAAUUUCCUCGACGGCGAGGGGGAAGAGGAAGAAGAGGGCGAGGAAUACUACGACGCAGGCGAGGAAGAAGAAACGCUCUACCCAGGGCUCUAUCGCGCGGUGUAUGCUUUCGAGCCAGAGGGUACCGCCGAGAUGCGGUUGGUCGAAGACCAGAUUGUCAGAGUCGUUGGACGCGGCGGUGGUGUGGGCUGGGCUGUCGUCGUCGACGAACGAGAGACCGAGGAAGCAGCGAAUGCCAACGGGUUCUCUGCGCCAAAGCACGCCCUCGUCCCUGAGAGCUACCUCGAGCCGUACAAGCUGGACUGGGAGCUGGAGGAACAGUCUACUGCCGACGAUGCUCGGAGUUCAGGUGCCUAA